UUCAAGCCACAGGUGCUCCCUUGAAAGUGGCGAACCGCCUCCCCGUCCGCGCCUUGAUAGAACGCUUACGCGACGAUCAAAACGUGCCAUAACUGCAGGGGUACCUCGUGUCGAACACUGAAUCAGUGCUUAGACCGCCGGACCGUUGCAGAGGCAUGAGAGAUCUGCGCACACGAUCAGGUUCUGGCCGGGUGCGCGGUGCUCGGUUCGCUGGAUUGCUAAUUAUGGUGCAUGUCGUAGUGACAGGUGGUGAAGCACAAAGCACAGACGAAGGCCCAUUUUGCGCCCGCGGUGUGAGCAGAUAUUCCGUACCAAGCUGGAGGGCGGUGCGGUUUAGAUGACAAUUUGAGCGCC